UGAGGAGCGAGAAGGGGGUGGGAAGCCAGCCAACGCCUCGCCUCAGCGCUGGGUAAACUCGGCGGCGUCUCUCGCUGGCCCGGCAGUGGCGGCGACGGAGAUGAGGAUGGCUGCGCUGGCGAGCCCGGCCGAGCGGGCCGUCUUGGAAGAAGAAUUUAAAUGGCUUUUAGGAGAGGAAGUUCACUCCGUCCUUCGUCAGCUGCAAGAGAUCCUGAAGGAGGCUUCUCACCGCUUUAAUCUGCCAGCCAGCAGCACAGAAGGGCCUAUAAAACAGGAAAACUUUAUCCUGGGGAGUUCCAAUGUCGACCAAGUGAAAGGAGUCCUAACUCUCCAGGGAGAUGCUUUGUGUCAAGCGGACAUUAACUUGAAAAUGCCCAGAAAUAACCAGCUGGUUCAUUUUGCCUUCCGGGAUGACAAACAGUGGAAACUCCAGCAAAUCCAGGAUGCAAGGAACCAUGUCAACCAAGCGGUCUACCUGCUUACCAACCGGAGCACCAAUUACCAGUUCAAGACAGGUUCCGAGGUUCUCAAGCUGAUGGAUGCUGUGAUGCUGCAGCUGACACGAGCACGGAAUCGGCUGACCACUCCGGCCACUCUGAGCUUGCCAGAGAUCGCCAGCAGUGGACUCACGAAAAUGUUCACUCCAUCUCUGCCUCCAGACAUCCUGAUCAAUUUCUACAUCAACCUAAAUAAGGUCUGCUUAACGGUCUACCAGUUGCAUCCUUUGCAGCCCAGUUCCACAAAGAACUUCCGGCCAGCUGGAGGGUCCAUCCUGCAUAACCCUGGGGCCAUGUUCGAGUACAGUAACCAAAGAUACGAAGUCAGCCACGUGCACAAGGUGGAGUGUGUGGUACCCUGGCUGAACGAUGCCCUCGUUUUCUUCACCGUCUCCCUGCAGCUUUGCCAGCAGCUCAAGGAUAAGAUUGCUGUGUUUUCCGGCUACUGGAACUACCAGCCCUAUUGAUCUUCCCGCAGAGAGUGAUCCGGUCAGUUUCAGGCCACUCCCUUCCCGUGAAGGUCUCAUGAUAUAAACUCUCACCUGCAAAGAACAUCCAGAUUCUGCCACUCCAUGGGCAGUAGUAGCUGAUGGGCAGGAGGCAAUGCCCGCCAUUGGCAUCUUUGUAUUCAGAAUGUCAUUAUUUAUUAGCACUUUAGAAGUAACGUUCAUUUCUUUCCGUGGGCAUCAAAAUUAGGCUGAGCCAAUAAACAACUGAUCAAACUGUGCCCCAUUUGCGGGGUGGGGGGGGGGGGAGUGGUUACAAACAAGAGUGGGGAUGAAGAGCAGCCUUUGCUGAACCUGCUUUGGGCUCGUCUCAGAAAGGCCAAGUAUGGGGUGGGUCCAGGGGUGAAAUCUACUUACCUUCCCUACCAGUUCGGAAAUGCGCGCGCAGAGGGUCAAAAAUGGGUUACUUCCUGAUUAAAACCAGGAAGUAACGACAUCUGGGCAGGUGGGCGGAGCCUCGCACUGCCGUCGCUACCAGUUCGCCGAACCACGCAGCGCUCGCGCGAGACGGACAAAACUGGCAGGAUUUCACCACUGGGUGGGUCACACCUUAUUCCUUUCUUGGCAAAUCCUUGUCAUUUUUUGGGUUUCCUUCUCCCUCGUGCCUGCCCCUUCUCUAGCCUUUUGCACCAUAGUGACGGUUCCCUUGCAUAAUGUCGUCUUUUUGAAAAGCGUUAAGGGACAGCUGGGUUUUGGUGGUAGUUCCCCCCCCCCCCUAUUUUGUAGAAGCAGAUAGACAACUGCUGCUUCAUCGGGUCUUCCAGAGAAUCUUCGCUGGCCACCAAACAGUAGAAAAAGUCCAAGGUGGCCUCGGUAACAAAGUUAGUUGCUGCUACACAUAACGUGAAUUCCAAUCCGUGCUCCUAAUAUUGUGUGUGGAAUAAACCUCCCUGAUUAUCGUG